GAUGACGCACGGCGCCCGGUGCGUGGGGAUUCCCGCGGCCGUGGCCACUACCCGGCCUGCCCCGCGGCAAGAUGGCGGCGUGAAGGCAGCGGGCAGCGGCAGAAAACUUAGAUCAGCCUUUCCAGGGUUCCUAUAGCAUCUGCCCCAAUUUCAGCUGAAGACUCAGGGGCCCCAGGGACUGGAAGAAAUCAACAGUACCUGCUUGUAAAAAAGAGGUAACGACCUGCCCGAGCUCAACCCCAGAGCGAGAGCUGUUGGCUAGAGGAAGUGGAGGGGCCACGGGAUGCGGAGAGCCGACGGCUAACUGUGGGACAGCGGAACAGAGCUGCCGACAGUCACUAGAUGUCCAGAGGCCUCUUGCCCACAUCUCUGAGCCUCCUCCCUGGCUUCCCCACAGCAGCUUGAGGAGCCCUCCACUCUCAGAAUGACCAGUGCGGCGCCUGCUAGGAAACCAUACCGUAAGGCCCCACCUGAGCACCGGGAGUUGCGGCUGGAGGUUCCAGGAUCCCGGCUGGAGCAGGAGGAACCCCUGACUGAUGCGGAGAGGAUGAAGCUCUUGCAGCAGGAGAAUGAGGAGCUCCGUCGGCGCCUGGCAUCGGCCACCAGGCGCACCGAGGCCCUGGAGCGUGAGCUGGAGAUCGGGCAGGACUGCUUGGAGCUGGAGCUGGGCCAGAGCCGCGAGGAGCUGGACAAGUUUAAGGACAAGUUCCGCAGGCUUCAGAACAGCUACACGGCCUCUCAGAGGACCAACCAGGAGCUGGAGGACAAGCUGCACACGCUGAUCAAGAAGGCUGAGAUGGAUAGGAAGACGCUGGACUGGGAGAUCGUGGAGCUGACCAAUAAGCUGCUGGACGCCAAGAACACCAUCAACAAGCUGGAGGAACUCAACGAGCGGUACCGGCUGGACUGUAACCUGGCUGUGCAGCUCCUCAAGUGCAACAAGUCCCACUUCCGCAACCACAAGUUCGCCGAUCUGCCCUGUGAGCUACAGGACAUGGUCCGGAAACACCUGCACACUGGUCAAGAAGCUGCCGGCCCGGGCCCCGCCCCUAGCCUGGCCCCGGGGGCUGUGGUACCCACGUCGGUCAUUGCCCGAGUGUUAGAGAAGCCAGAGUCUCUGCUGCUCAAUUCGGCGCAGUCGGGCAGUGCUGGGCGCCCCUUGGCUGAGGAUGUCUUUGUGCACGUGGACAUGAGUGGGGGUGGCCCGGGUGACCCAGCCAGUCCCCCGGCCCCUGGCAGCCCCCCCCCGCAACCCAAUGGAGAAUGCCGCUCUCUGGGCACUGCUGGGGCCUCCCCAGAGGAGGAGGUGCCCCUGCCAGCCUUCGAGAAGCUGAGCCCCUACCCCACCCCAUCUCCACCACACCCGCUGUAUCCUGGCCGCAAGGUAAUAGAGUUCUCUGAGGAUAAGGUGCGAAUCCCCCGCAACAGCCCUCUGCCCAACUGCACUUAUGCUACCCGCCAGGCCAUUUCCUUGAGCCUGGUGGAGGAGGGCGGGGAGCGGGCCCGCCCCAGCCCAGUACCCAGCAGCCCCGCCUCGGCCCAGGCCUCGCCCCACCACGAGCCCAGCCCCCUCCCCCCAGCCCGCAGCGCCCCAGCCAGCUCUGCCAGCUCGGAGGAGGACCUGCUCGCCAGCUGGCAGCGGGCAUUUGUGGACCGCACCCCACCCCCAGCUGCUGUGGCCCAGCGCACAGCCUUUGGACGUGAUGCACUCCCUGACCUGCAGCGCCAUUUUGCUCUGAGCCCCACUGACAGAGAUGAGGUUCUGGCGCCUUCUUCCCCACCUGGUGAGAGUGGGCUCUUGCUGCCCAUGGAAGCUGACUUUGGCCCUCCCAGGGAGGAAGAGGAAGAGCUGAACCUGCCCAUCAGCCCUGAGGAAGAACGCCAGAGUCUGCUGCCCAGUGACAGUGGCACAGAGGAGGGGCCCGUCACUUCCCACACUGAGGGCAGGGCCUGGGCCCUCCCCAGCUCCAGCCGCCCCCAGCGCAGCCCCAAGAGGAUGGGGGUGCACCACCUGCACCGCAAGGACAGCCUGACCCAGGCCCAGGAGCAGGGCAACCUGCUCAACUAGGGCCUCCGCCUGCCUUCCUGCCCCCGCUGCCCUGGGACCG